AUCCAUAGCCUCGUGGACUAUAGCUGUCAAAGGUUUCAGUGCAAUCACUUUGCUUCUCACAUAUUUUUUAGAUGUUGUUGCCACUCUUCUCCACAAUGAUGUUCUCCAGAACCACAUCCUGUCCAUCCGUUUCCCAGAUGUCCCUUCCAAAGCACCUGCUGAACACUGGCUCACGGAGUUGUACAUUGUGAGAGUCUUCCUCCCGAACAUCAACUUGGAGCUGCACGAGACAGGAUUGGCCAUACUAAACAUCAAAGCCAGGCUACACCUCAGUGCUAAAUUCUUUUUUGGCAAACACCACGAACUGGUCGACUUCAUCAUCGAUGUGGAAAUAACGGCCGCUUUCAGAUUUGUGAACUAUUUCGCCGGCCUUGUCCAAGUCAAAGUGGAGUCAUGCAAGAGCGACUUCAAAAUCGCAAAAAUAACACUCCCGUCACACUUGCUAGCGCACACAGUGAGGCCCGUGGUAGUAUCCGUACUUGCAGAUACACUCCCAGGAUCGCUGUGCUCCGUGAUGGACAUUCUCCUCAAAUUUUUAAAGAUUGACCUUCUGUCAACAACAAAUGUGAUUCUCACCAUGGGCAAAGUGGCCACCAUCGAAUACAGACUGGCAAGUGCCCCACUGAUAACUGCAAAAGUCUUUUCAGUCGAGCUAAAUAUUUUUAUCCGAACUGGAAGCCGGAUCAUCGCCGUCCCGUCCCGGUCUAUCGUGUAUCCCGUGCCUUCACUGAAGGAGAACGACUUAUGCUUUGGGAUGACUGAAUCCGCCGUGAACACCAUCUUCUUUGUCCUCCUCCAGAUUCCAGCACUGGAAUUCAUGAUCACACCUCAGAUCUUCUCUGGUGCAGAUGAGCUGACGGAAGCUGUUGCGGCUUUGUUUGCCCACACCAAGUGUCCCAAGUGCCCCGUGAAGUCCCCUCUGAAAAUCACCAUCACGGUGGUUGGAGACAAGCUGGUCGUCAUCGAGUCCAAGAAGGCCACCGUCAAGCUUGUGGUCGAGAUCGCCUUCUACUCCAAAGGGCCAACUGGUGCCUUCAGUAGCCUCUUUGUCCUGAAAGUGAACAUCAUACUCAGCGCCCAGGCUUCCGUCCACGACUGCCUCCUGUACUUCACCGUAAGGAUGCUCAGCAUUGAUGUCGUCUUACUUCAUUCCGAUGUUGGGCCGAUCGAAGUCUCGUCUCUUCAGAAGUUGAUCCAGGCGCUCCUGACGGAAGCCUUUGUGCCUCAAGCCAAUGAGUUGUUGAACAUUGGGGUCCCACUGCCUUCUCCACUGGACAUCAAAUUGAACUACCCUUCCAUUCACUGGACAGAGGGGAUGCUUGUGUUCUGUGUAUAAGACGACCAAGGGUUGAUCUCCGCCCACCGUGUCCCAGUUGGCGAAGGAGAAGCCAAGAGAAGAGGAGCGUCCUUGCAAGAGAGAUGAAUCAACAGCUGUUUUAUCCUUUGAUUUUCCUGACUUGAUAUAAAACUUUUGCCGAAGGGCACGUGGGGCACCAUUUGUGUUACUAGUGACUUUGCUAAUAAAUGGAGACGGGGAAGUUGGUAGGUUUAGAUAGUCCAUAGCUACUCAGGUCUUUAGUGUUGUCUUUUAGCCUAGUUGAGAAAUGCAAGGAAAUGAAUAAAAUGCAAGGAAAUGCACACAACGCGGGGAAACCUCAGUCUUGCAAGCCCCACAAGACAUGUAUAUUUUAACAUCAUGGUGUUUCACUUUGCAAUAAAUGUAUUUGAUUUCUCAACAAACAGAGA